AUGGAUAACUUCGAGUACAGCAUCCAGCUGAACGAGCGCGAGUGGGCCGAGUUCCUGCGGGCGGCCGAGGAGUGCAGCGUGGCGCCGGCCGCGCUGGCCACGGCCGAGGAGCAGAGCCUCAGUGACAUUGAGCAAGGGGACAGCCCGGGACGGGACUGUCCCCGCCGAGAGGGCAGCGAGCCAGGGCCCGGCGCUGCCCCGGGGGGGCGGGGGGUGCCCGGUGACACCGCCCCGCAGCGUGGGCGCCCCUCGGGCAGCGGGGACGAAGCGGAGCCGGGCUCUGCGGGCGGGUUCCUGUGCGACAGUGACGAUCCCGCCGGCCCGGCAGGCGCUGCCAUGCCCAGCGCGCACAGGAGGCAGCCACCGCGGCCACCCGCGGCCACCACGGCCGGUGGCACGGCCCAGGGCGGCCCCGGGCAGGCGGAGGAAGGAGCGGCAGGAGGAGGGAGGGACACGGAGACCUGCGGAGCCCCCGGGCAGGAGGCUCCAGCAGCCUCUGCCCCCGUGGAGGGAUCGGCCGAGAAAAGCGCUGCCCCCUCGGAGCCCAGCGGGGACACGAGCCCGGCCCUGGGGACAGUGCCCAGGGUGGCACCGGAGGGGGACAGGGCGGGCACGGAGCCGAGCUCGCCGGGAGGAUCCCCCAGCGUGGUGAGGCCCAAGGUGCCAGCGCAGCCCAGAAAGAGCCGCAGGCAGCGCGGGGCCAGCGCCACCGAGGGGGACAGGGACCCUGCGGGGGCUGGGGGGGCAACUGGAGCCGGGAAGGCGCCCCCGGGCUCGCCGGUGUCCCCUCGGAAGGGCAGAGGGAAGGACAAGGCUGCCAAGGGAGCGCUGGUGAGGCUGGGCAGCGAGGAGGCUGCGGAGAACAAGCGCUCGGUGCCCGGCCCUGGCGGGGAUGGGGGCGAGCCCGGGGCUGCUCCCCCAAAGCAGAGGGGGAAGGAGCCGCAGUCCCCGGGGAAGACAAAGGCCCCCAAGCACCCAAAGGCGGGGCAGGCCGGCGGCCUGGGCGUACGUGACACUGUCCCAGCGGUCCCUGGCGACGGAGCCGCGGCUCCUCCAGGACAGGGCUGCCAGGAGAUGCCAGGGAAGCCUCCCCAGGCCGGGAGCGCGGCAGAGCCUGGAGGGAGCACUGCUGAGGGGGCUGGGGGGGAGCCCGCAGCUGAGACCCCCAGGGCUCGGAGCCCCCUGUGCUUCACUGAGGGGGCCUCAGCCAAGCCCAACUCACUGGACGUGACCUGGCCCGAGAUGUACGAGUACCUGUUCUGCGACUCGCAGGGCGAGGAGGAGGAGCUGGGCAGCUCCCCGGAGGGGCGCAGAUCCCCCCUGCAAAGGGAAAUCUCCUGGCCCGAACUCUACGAGUAUUUUUUCAAUGAACCCGAAGGAAGCAGGAAAAAAGGCAAAGCCAAAGACAGGAGAAGGAGGAAGCUGGGCGGUGUGGGCCGACCUGGGCUGCAGAAGGAGGCUCCAGGCUCGGCUGCAGGCGAGGACGCCGUGGUUAUCCCUGUCCCUGAGGUGUGUGAACGCUUCUUCCCAGAGAGAGCCCACAACAGGACGGGCUGGAGGGGGAUUUUCUCCAUGGCUCCGGCCUCCGAGGUGAAGAAGGCUCUGGGGGCUCUGAGGGCCCUGCUGCAGAGGCAAAUGCAGCUGGGAGGGGGCCAAGCCCCAACCUCCCAGGCCCUGGUGCCCCGAAGGUCUGGAGAGGAGCUCGCCCUGGUCCCACUGCGAGGAGCCCAGGUGUGGCCAGAAGAUGCAGAAACGGCCCUGGCACUGAGAGGGGCAGCAGAGGACCCGCGGGUGCUGAGCCACAAGGACAUGUGCCUCGUCUUCUGUGCCUUCGCGUCCUGGGCCGUGAAGACAUCUGACCUGCAGGCUCCGGAUGCCUGGAAGACCAUGUUCCUGGCGAGCUUUGGCACCCUCUCGGCCAUCCGCUACUUCCGACGGCAGCUCAGGGAAGGGCACCCCCGGACUUAACCCCGGCCGCGCCCGGGGCCGGCGCGGGCAGAGCCGGGACUCGGCUGUGGACAGAGGGACAGCGGGACAGCGGGACAGCGAGACAGCGGGACAGCGGGACAGCGGGACAGAGGGACAGCGGGACAGCGGGACAGUGGGACAGAGGGACAGCGGGACAGCGGGACAGAGGGACAGCGGGACAGCGGGACAGAGGGACAGAGCGACAGCCAGCACCGCGGAGCCACCACCGAGAGCGUCCCCGGCGCCACCCCCGGCGGGACGGGCCGGCCCAGGGAGCUGGACCCGCCCGGGGACAGCAGCGGACGGUAGGACAGGACAGGAUGGGACAGGACGGGACAGGACAGGACGGGACAGGACGGGACAGGACGGGGCAGGACAGGACGGGACAGGACGGGACAGGACAGGACGGGGCUGGCGCUGCCGUCCCCAGGAAUGCCCCGAGCCUCCUCCGGGGUCUCUCCUCCCUGCUGGGGUCACUCUGAGGCGGCAGAGGCCCGACGGAAGAGCCGGGAUGUCUGAGAAGGAGCAGAGCAGAGCUUUGGGACGGGCUCGGCUGAGCCCGGGCUGGGCCGCAGCUCCGGCGGGAUGGAGGGGCCGCGCCCCCGGCACAGCCCCGCGCCCCCCUGGCCGCCGUGAGCGCUCGGGGAGGGCGCAGCCCCCGGGAUUCCGCUCGGGGA